AUGGGGGAAGUGACAGCAGUGGAGGUGGAGAAGUUUCUGGAUGCUAAUGUUGGCUUUGCUAAGAACUACUACAACCGCCAGUUCAGGGCCAAAGUUAUCUCUGAGCUACUGGGUGCCAAGGAAGCAGCUGUUGACUUCAGCCACUUCCACUCCUUGACCAGUGUGGAAGAGAGCGAGAUUGUCUUUGACCUCCUCCGAGAUUUCCAGGACAACCUGCAACUUGAGAAAUCUAUGCUCAAUGUCAUGAAAAGGCUAUGCUUUCUUCUUCAGGCAGACCGAAUGAGUCUGUUCAUGUACCGGGCACGGAAUGGAAUUGCGGAGCUUGCCACCAGGCUCUUCAAUGUCCAUAAAGAUGCAGUCUUGGAGGAGUGCUUGGUGGUUCCUGACUCAGAGAUCGUCUUCCCUCUGGAUAUAGGUGUGGUGGGCCAUGUUGCACAUUCAAAAAAAGUUGUGAACGUCCCCAAUGCAGAAGAGGAUGAGCAUUUCUGUGACUUUGUUGAUGAUCUCACAGACUACAAGACCAAAAACAUCUUGGCUUCCCCUAUAAUGAAUGGAAAAGAUGUUGUAGCUGUAAUCAUGGCUGUGAACAAAGUGGAUGGACCAUAUUUUACCAAGAGGGAUGAAGAGAUUCUAAUGAAGUACCUCAAUUUUGCAAAUCUGGUCAUGAAGGUGUUCCAUCUGAGCUACCUUCACAACUGUGAAACCCGCAGGGGCCAGAUACUCCUGUGGUCUGGGAGCAAAGUCUUUGAAGAACUUACAGACAUCGAAAGACAAUUCCACAAAGCCCUUUACACAGUCCGUGCCUUUCUCAACUGCGACAGAUACUCUGUGGGGCUCCUGGACAUGACCAAGCAAAAGGAAUUUUUUGAUGUGUGGCCAGUGUUGAUGGGAGAAGCCCCACCUUACACAGGACCCAGGACACCAGAUGGAAGAGAAAUCAACUUUUAUAAGGUCAUCGACUAUAUCCUUCACGGGAAAGAAGACAUCAAAGUAAUACCGAAUCCUGCUCCUGACCACUGGGCUUUGGUUAGCGGUCUCCCAACAUAUGUUGCCCAGAAUGGCCUGAUUUGCAAUAUCAUGAAUGCUGCUUCAGAAGACUUUUUCGAUUUCCAGACAGAACCUCUGGAUGAAUCUGGAUGGAUGAUUAAAAAUGUCCUCUCGAUGCCCAUAGUCAACAAGAAGGAAGAAAUCGUUGGAGUGGCUACAUUUUACAAUCGAAAAGAUGGAAAGCCCUUUGAUGAAAUGGAUGAAACUCUUAUGGAGUCUCUAACCCAGUUCCUUGGCUGGUCUGUCCUAAACCCUGACACCUACGAGUCAAUGAACAAGUUGGAAAACAGGAAGGAUAUAUUCCAGGAUAUGGUCAAAUAUCAUGUGAAGUGUGACAAUGAAGAGAUACAGGAAAUACUGAAAACUAGAGAAGUCUAUGGGAAGGAGCCCUGGGACUGUGAAGAAGAAGAGUUAGCUGAAAUUCUGCAAAGUGAACUCCCAGAUGCAGAGAAGUAUGAAAUUAAUAAAUUUCACUUCAGUGACCUGCCCCUGACAGAGCUGGAGCUGGUGAAAUGUGGAAUCCAGAUGUACUAUGAACUGAAAGUGGUGGAUAAGUUUCACAUACCCCAGGAGGCACUAGUACGGUUCAUGUACUCUCUCAGCAAAGGGUACCGAAGAAUUACCUACCACAACUGGCGCCAUGGAUUCAACGUGGGACAGACCAUGUUCUCAUUGCUCGUGACUGGGAAGCUGAAACGAUAUUUCACAGACCUGGAGGCUUUGGCCAUGGUGACUGCUGCUUUCUGCCAUGACAUUGAUCACAGAGGCACCAAUAAUCUCUACCAGAUGAAAUCCCAGAAUCCACUGGCCAAACUCCAUGGAUCUUCCAUCUUGGAAAGACAUCAUUUGGAAUUUGGCAAAACACUGCUGAGGGAUGAGAGUCUAAACAUCUUCCAGAACCUUAAUCGAAGGCAGCACGAGCAUGCCAUCCACAUGAUGGAUAUCGCAAUCAUCGCUACUGACCUGGCCCUUUAUUUCAAAAAAAGGACAAUGUUCCAGAAGAUUGUGGAUCAAUCUAAAACUUAUGAGAGUGAACAUGAAUGGACCCAGUACAUGAUGCUGGAACAGACUCGGAAGGAAAUUGUCAUGGCAAUGAUGAUGACUGCCUGUGACCUGUCUGCUAUAACCAAGCCCUGGGAAGUUCAGAGCAAGGUGGCUCUUUUGGUGGCUGCUGAAUUCUGGGAACAAGGAGAUCUGGAGAGAACUGUGCUCCAGCAGAACCCUAUUCCCAUGAUGGACAGAAAUAAAGCAGAUGAGCUCCCCAAGCUGCAAGUUGGUUUCAUCGACUUCGUCUGCACCUUUGUCUACAAGGAGUUUUCCCGGUUUCAUGAGCAGAUCACCCCCAUGCUGGAUGGCAUCACCAAUAACCGGAAGGAGUGGAAGGCGUUGGCUGAUGAAUACGAUGCCAAGAUGAAAGCCCUGGAAGAGGAGAAGCAGAAAAAAGCACAGGCCAAGCAAGCAGCUGCUGGACACCAGGGAACGCCUGCGGCUGGAGAAGGAGGUGCACAGUCCAAGUCCUGUUCUAUUCAGUAGUGCAAACCUUUGCAUUACUGCCGUUCAAACCCUCCAGGUGGAUGGUUCUAGAAGAAGGAGCCAAACGCUGAAGAGGAAAAAUGUCAAGUCAGCAGGAAGAAGUACAACUUUUUGAGAAAAAAAUAAAUUCUAGAAUUAUAGAAUGUCAGUGCUACA